AGCUGGAGGACAGGAGGGGAAGGGAUACAGGGAUACAGGCUACAGGGAUACCAUCAGAAGGGUCUGGGGGCUCCUGGGGACAACUGGUGGUGGCACACAGGUGACAGUGAGCUCUCAGCCCCAGGUUGCCUGCUCACUGUGCAGGACACAGCCACCCCUGCUCCUCCUGUGAGCCCCUGCUCUGCCAGCCCAGCAGCCGUGUCCUUCCAGCUCUGCCAGGGCUGUGACCGUGCUGGUGACACCAACAGAGCCCAACCCUCCUCCCCAGAGCGUGUUUUUGCCAAGAGAGCCCCUCAGGGCUGCCUGCUCCGCAGGGGACUCGCCACUGACCACAGUCGCCACCGCCAGCGGAGCCAGCGCCUGGGGCGGCGACGGGUGGCCGAGUCCCAGACCACGCUGGCCCCCUGCCCUGUCUGCUGCGAGGCUCCCUGGCACCUUGGGGACCGGACACACCUCUGGCUGGGCACAGCCAGGGGCUGGGGCUUUCCCUUUAUAGCUGCCUGGCUCGCAGGGACCGGCCACACGGCAGGACAGCGGCCAUGGAGCGGGCUCCAAACCUGCUUCUCCUCUGCAUCUUCACCUUCGCCAUGGUGCUGGUUCCCGAGGCCAAGGACCAGAGCAGGGCAGCCAAGGGCAGGAGAAGGGGCCUGGCCCGGGCACCCACAGCCCCCCCUGCCCUGGCCUGGGCCCCCGAUGAGCCCUACAGCAGCAUGGCAGAGUACGAGCACAGCAUCCAGGACAUGGUGCGCCAGCUGAGGAACGGCUCCGAGCCAGGGGACACCAAGUGCCAGCUGAACCUGAGGCUCUGGAGGUCCAACAGGAGGAGCCUGUCCCCCUGGGCCUACAGGAUAAACCACGACUCCACGCGGAUCCCAGCAGACAUCCCUGAGGCCCGGUGCCUCUGCACGGGCUGCAUCAACCCCUUCACCAUGCAGGAGGACCGCAGCAUGGCCAGCAUCCCCAUCUACAGCCGGCUGCCCGUGCGCCGCCGCCUCUGCCCCGGCCCCCACAGCCCCUCGGGCAACAAGUGCCACAAGAAGUACCAGAUGGUGAUGGAGACCAUCGCUGUGGGCUGCACCUGCAUCUUCUGAGGCUGCCAAGCUUCCCCCUGCAGCUCCCUGUGGGUGUCUAACCAGCUUGCUCUUGCUUCCCCAGCUUGCCCAGCCCUUUGGGAGAGGCCACCUGGCUGGGCAUCAGGGUGAGGGGAGGUCCCUGUGCAAGAGAUCCUCCAAAUUCCCCUGCAGACUGUCAGCCUCAGCUCCAGCAGCUGCCUUGGGGUCACCCGGCCCCAGACACCGACUGCCCCCAGCCCCCAGGAGGAGCUUGGCUAUGGGCUGGGGGAGACAGGGAGCCAUGGUCCCUCUGGCUGAGCAGGAUGAGGAUGAGG